AUGAUUAACAACAACAAUCGAAAACUCUAAUCAUAAAAAGAUGUGAGAAGUAAAGUGAAUACUGGGUUGAAUCGUAGGAAUGAGAGUCCUUAAAAAAGAGUAUAAUCUGCAGUUUAAUCAGUAUAUUAUUAUAUUAAAUAGGGUGAUAAAUCGAUUGAUUAAAGUGGAAAUCUAACAGAACAACUUAAUUCUAUAGUUUAGGAUUAUUUAUUAAGAUCAAAUUGUAUUAAAACAUUAGAGCAAUUUAAAAUUGAAUCUUAAUUUGCAACUGAAUAAAGUAACGAAACUGAACAUAUUAUAUUGGGACAUUUUGAUAGAGGAGAAAGAGAUAAGUUUUUCGAAUCAUGGAGUAGAUACAUUCCAAUUUCUCAAAGAUAGGAUCAUUAUUCUUGGAAAUUAGAAUUCUACAUACAAAUCUAUUUCUUUAUCUAUCCCAUUCAUCCAGUAUUUAAAAAGUAAGGUUAAAUUGAUAAACAUUCAAUUAAUCAAUUGAAAAUCUAUCUUGAGACAAAAGGUGGAGAUUUAUCGAAAACUAAUGAAGUUCUUCCAUUCUAUGCUUUACCAUAUGUAAAAAACAUAUAAAAUCAUCCAUCUUUUUCAUAUUUAUUUACUCAUGAAUGGAUAUCAGAUUUAAGAAUGAAAUUGAAGGAAUUUAUUCAAUCAAUUUAUGGAUCAGAUUAAUAUGGUUCUAUUUUAAAAAGGUUAUUUUUAUCAAAAGAAGGAUCUAAUAAUUAUUAACAAUAAAAUGAUCAAAAAAGAUAAAUAGAAAUGAAAUAAUUACAAUAAGAAAAUUUAGAACUUAAAAAGAAGAAUCAACAAUAGAUUUAAGCAAUACAAGAAUUAAAUCAUUUAGCAUAAAAAAAUUUAACAGAAGCUUAAAAAAAAUGGUUCUCUUUUACAGGUGAAAUGUUAAAAAUGUAGAAAGAAAUGUUGAAAUAUAUAGAAAAUAAUAAGAAAAUACCAGAGUAGAUAUAACAAUUCAAAAAGAAAAUUACAUCUUAUGAUAAAUUCUUUAGUUAGAAUUUAGAAGACUUAGUAAAUAAAUCAGAAGACAUUUCUCUAUUUAAUAAUAUUACAUAACCAGAUCAUGAUCUAUCUGAAAUUACUAAUUAGCAAUGUAUAUUGUUAUUAUAAUAAUAUUAAUAGAAAUUAAUCCAGUUUAAUAAUCAAUAGAAGAAUAUAUUCCUUUAAAUUAUAAUAAAAUUAUUUAGUUGUUUACAAAAUCUCAGAAUCCAGUAUUAAUAGCAACAGUAUUGUAAGCAUUGAGAUGGAGAAUUACAAGAGCAAGAAGUGCAUUAGAAAGAAGAUCUGUUGUAGUUGCUUAUUAAACUCAUGAUUUGAUAGGAACUCAUUAAAGAAAUAUUAUUUUAGCAUAACAUUUAAUGUUUAAAGCAGCCCCUAUAAUUUAAUGUUAAACAUUAAAAUUAAUGAAUGCUUUAGCUUCAGAUUAUGAUGGUAGAACUUAUUUAAUAUCAAAUUCUCAACUAAUAAAAUUAUUAAUUGAAUUAAUAAAAAAAGAUUAGACUGAUUCAAUAAAAAGAAAAAAUGCAAUAGGUACAUUACAGAAAUUAUCAUUACGUAAAUAAAGUCAAAUUUGGAUGUUAGAUAAUGAUAUCAUUUAUGUGGCUUUAACAAUUUUAUAAAGAGUAUAAUAUAUAAAUAAAUUUUAGGAAAAAUUUAAUCUUAGUGAAUAUACAUAUGAAUAUAUAACUGCAUUGAUUAUGAAUUUAUCAUUGAGUUCAAGAGGACGUGAUGCUUUAUCUAUGAAUAAAGAAUUAGCUUUUGAAGUUUUAUUUGAAUUAAUAGAAUUUCCUAAUGAUUAGAUAAGAACCUUUACUAAUGGGACAUUUUAUUCAAUGUUUAGUAGAAGAGAAUUAAGAGAUUAUGCAUAUUAAUUAAAUAUACCUUAAGAAUUACCUAAAUUAUUGUCUACUAGUGAAGAAAGAUUUAAGAAAUAAAUUUAAUAUAUGAUUGAAUAAUUAGAAAGUAAUGAAGAUGAUUAUGAACAAUCAUAAUUGGAAGAAGAUAAUGAUGUAGAUGAUUUAGAAGAUGAUGAAGAAUGUCCAGUUGAUGAUGAAGAUGAAGAUGAUUUAGAAAAUAAUGAUAUGGUUGUUGGAGAAGAAUUAUUAAAGAAUGAAUUUGCUUUAGAUAAUGAACAAGCAGAAUAAUAAAGAUAAUUAAUGGAAUCCAUUAUGCAAAAAGAAUUAUAAUAGAGAAGUAUCUAUUAAGAACAAUUAAGAGAUUCUCAAUUAGAGAAAAUGCCUAUUGGAUGUAAAUAUAAUAUAUUAUUAUUUUAAUGUAGAAGGUCCAUUCAUAGCUGAUAGUCUAGCACAAAUUAAUUAAAAACAAGUGUAACCAUAAGCUUAGGCUUUCUAAUCUAGACCAAAAAUACCCAGAACUCCUCCCAUUUAAUAAUAAUAUUAUUAACAUUGA